GCACCACUCUCACUCCCAUUUCAAGACUCGACUCGUGCAGAAGUCCAGAUCCAUCUCCACCACCACCUCCACACAUUCUCUCUCUACUUUAUCCAAUAAUAAAUCUCUCUCUCUCUCCACAUAUCUGUCUUCCAUAAACUAAAAAAGCAUGGCCCUUUUCCUCUCCUCCAAGGCCAAAACCUACCUAACAGCAGUUCCGGCAAGAUCAAUCCCUCGCUUCUUAGCCCUGCGCUCCCAAUCUAAUACUCCUUCCCACCCAAACCACAUCGACCUCUCAGAUGACUCUUCCUCCUCCUCCUCCACCGACCCCUCGCUCCGGAAGCUCGAGGAUGCCAUACACCGUAUCAUCGUCCGCCGCGCUGCACCCGAUUGGCUCCCUUUCCUCCCUGGUUCCUCCUACUGGGUCCCACCUCCUAGAUCCACCGCUGGAUCCCUGGGGAUUGCCCAAUUGGUUGAGAAGCUCGCCAAUCCGUUGACCGAUGAGGAGUCCCUCUCCAUGACCACCGUCAGAGGUUGGCCUUCCUCUGAUUAUUUUAUUAAAGGUGCACCUCGACGUUCAAUGGAGGUGAAGAUGACUUCAAAUAAAGAAGCGGAGAAGGAGGCAAGUUCAAAUAAUGUGUCCAAAUCUGAAGAUGAGGAAGGUUGAAUUAUGCCUCUGAAACAACUAGCAUCUGGGCUCAUCUAGACUUGUAAAUUUUAUGGAGAAGCGAAGAUUAAAAAAAUAUGGAAAUUUUCAAAACUGCAUGGCAAUUUGGUUAAUUGGAAGAGCUGCACAGAUGCACUCGGUGAGGUAGCAAUAAUUUACUGAGAUCAUUGCUACCUUGAAACCUACAUUGUACACUGGUGUUUAAAGUGAAGCAAUCACGUUGUAUUUAUUUGUACCUUUUCUCGCUUGCUGAAUAUUUAUUUUUCUAAUUUGUAGUUCAGAUCUUUAGCUUCCCUUUGUACGUAUGGUUUCAAAAAUAAUAGCAAUGGAGUUUCUAUUCUCUCCCAA